AUCUGUACAGUAUCCAACGUAGCGUUUUCCUGUUGCAUGAAAGGUUGGGCUUUGGGCUUUACAAGAGCAUAACUCACCGAAGGUCAUGAGGUGUACCCCUACUAUUUCGUUAUAGCAUAGACAUAAGAUCGAUCAACACCAUGAACAGAUUACGAGGCCUGGGUUGGAAGCGCUGGCUCAUGAUCAGUAGCGGGGUGGGUGUGGGCAGUUUGGCCCUCUUCGCUGGUCUCCCCAAAUAUCACGAGUCAAGAAAGUUGGAGAUGGAAAGUUUGCGCGAGAGUCCGCUCUCUGCAAUAACUAAUUCAAGUAUUAGCACAUCUGCGAAGGGUCACCAAGUUUUGGCGGCUGAGGAACAAUCUAAGAUCUCCACCGCACCGAUACCUACGAGGGCAAAGCAGUUUGAAUCUUUGGAUACGGAGGAGUUUGAUGUGCUGGUGAUAGGGGGCGGUGCGACUGGGUCAGGGUGUGCCCUGGAUGCAGUCAGUCGAGGUCUGAAGACUGCCAUGGUGGAAAAGUUUGAUUUCUCCUCUGGAACGAGUAGCCGCAGCACCAAACUAAUCCAUGGCGGGGUCCGAUAUCUGCAGAAGGCCAUCUUCAACCUGGAUUAUGAACAGUACCGUAUGGUAAAGGAGGCCUUGUUCGAGCGCGCCAACCUGUUGGAGAUUGCACCACAUCUCUCCUACCCGCUACCCAUCAUGCUCCCAGUUUACAAAUGGUGGCAAGUACCGUACUUCUGGGCCGGGAUCAAGGCGUACGAUUUCGUGGCAGGAAAGCAAAUCCUGAAGUCGAGUUACCUGCUGUCCAAGUCUCGGGCUCUUGAACUCUUCCCGAUGCUGAAGAGAGAUGCACUAGUGGGAGCUAUAGUCUAUUACGAUGGUCAACAUAACGAUGCGAGGAUGAACCUGUCCAUCGCUAUCACGGCCGUCAAGAUGGGAGCAACCAUCUGUAACCACACGCAGGUGAUUGACUUGAUCAAAGAGAAGGAUGAGAAUGGGAAGGAGGUGGUGUGCGGUGCUAUUGUCAAAGACAGGAUCACUGAUGAGGUUCAUCGAGUCAGAGCAAAAUGUGUCAUAAAUGCAACUGGUCCAUACACUGACUUUAUACGAGAAAUGGACGACCAUAAAACCAGAAAAAUCUGUUCACCGAGCUCCGGUGUACAUAUCGUCUUGCCAGAUUACUACAGUCCUGAGAGAAUGGGACUUCUUGAUCCUGCCACAAGUGAUGGCCGGGUCAUUUUCUUCCUCCCUUGGCAGAAGAGCACUAUAGCCGGUACGACGGACACCCCAUGUGAAGUGUCAGACAACCCACAGCCAACCGAGAAAGAAAUUGAGUUCAUUUUGAAUGAAGUGAAGAACUAUCUUUCUCCUGAUGUCCAAGUUCGUCGUGGUGAUGUUCUCUCUGCCUGGAGUGGUAUUCGUCCAUUAGUCAGUGAUCCCAGUAAAGGCGACACUCAAUCGAUCGCCAGGAACCAUGUGAUAGACGUUAGUGAUAGCAACCUCGUAACUAUAGCAGGUGGGAAGUGGACCACAUAUCGCAGCAUGGCAGAAGAAACCUUAGAGAAAGCUAUAGAAGUAUGCAAAUUAAACACGGAAUAUUCGUGUCGAACAAAAGGUCUUCUCCUAGAUGGUGCUCAUGGUUGGUCACCUACGCUCUUCAUACGGUUAGUGCAAGAUUUUGGACUCGAGAAUGAGGUUGCUCAGCAUUUAGCCAACACGUAUGGUGACAAAGCCUUCAAAGUUGCCAAGCUAUGCAAUCUGACGGGUAAACGUUGGCCAAUCACGGGUCGGCGUCUCCACCCUGAGUAUCCGUACCUCGAGGCCGAGGUCAUCUACGCUUGCCGAGAGUAUGCAGCCACUGCCAUUGAUAUCAUCGCACGAAGGACGAGGCUCGCGUUCCUGAAUGCUCAUGCUGCAGAGGAGGUGUUGCCAAGGAUUGUGGAGAUCAUGGCAAAGGAGUUGGGCUGGAGCAAAGCCAGGCAGGAGCAUGACGUUGCCUGGGCCAGGAGGUUCCUCUCCAAGGAGAUGGGUCUGAAUCUUAAACUGCAGUCACAGAACGUCCCCAUCAACUUCACCAAGGAGGAAAUCAACCGCUACGUGGCCAGAUUCAAGUCUCUUGAUUAUGACGACAAGGGAUACAUCACUGUUAAUGAUCUAAGGCGCUACUUUAAGAAAAUUGGUGAGAAAGUGACAGAGGAUCAACUUCGUGAAAUCUUAAACGAAGUCGAUCUGAAUCGUAACGGUGAAGUGGACUUGGGAGAAUUCUUACAGACAAUGAGUGCAGUUCGUACGGGUGCUAUCACGCUGAGCCGAUUCAGUAAACUAGCAGACGAUCAUUACGAGAUGUCUAAAGAGCAGACGACAAUCACAGUCAACAGGAGCGGUGGUGGCCUCUAAAAUGUGGAAUACGAUCAUCUGUAGUGAUGAUGUUAUGAUUUCACUUCUGGGUUGAAAACUAUGUCAGAUUUGAACAAAAGGUGGAGAAUAAUAUUAGUUAGUCGUAACCUGAGGCUUAUAGAUUAAAUAGGUGAUCACACAACUGUAUGUCAAGCUGGUGUGGCCUGAUCUUACUUCAAAACACAUUAGUUUCUAAUCAUAAUUAGAAUGUUUUAAUUGUUAUUAUUUAUUGUAGAGGAAUGUCUAGUUUUACGUGUUUGUAGAUGACAUCAUAGAUGUCAGAAUGUGAGAGCUGCACUGAUUGUAUAUUUGCCAUGUUGUGAAUAUCUAAUACUGUGAAUGCACAAAUGUGAGACCUCAGUCAAUGAGUGCGGGUAAUAGGAGGUCAUCUCUAAUGUGCAUGUAUCGUUUUCGACACAGAAAUAUAUUAACUACCACUCCUGGCGUUUGAUCAGGGAAGUUCAACUGCAUUUUGUAAGUCAGUUUGGCCAGUCUGUUCUUAGCUAUGUGUGCUCUUGAACUAUUGCGAUUAGUGGAAGGUGGGGCCAUUUCUGGUCACAGAUUGAGACCUGGCCUCAGAUCAUAGACCUGAUGACUAUGACACUGGAGUGUACAAAGAUAUUUUUCUAACUUUAGUUGUAAAUUCCAUCAGUUUUCACAAUUCAGGGAUGUGUCUAUAGUGUUGUUACAUUAGAAAAGCAGAGAUGCUUGUAUUAUAUUACCAAUUGUUUACGGCAAAAGAGGUGUUUAAAGGUUUGGUUAUGACAUAAACCUUCGAAUAAUACAUCUGUACAGACAACCACUUAGAUUGUUCAGGGUCUGCGCUACCCUGAACAAUCAAGAGAUCCCUAGUUUCAAAGCCCUUAGCAGUCAGCAUUAGACUCAGGGAGGUCUUGAGAUACUUACUCAACCCUGCAGGUGGGUAAGUGGCUGCCAGUCAGAAAAGCACCUGAAGUUUUUGCUACUGAAUGAUUUCGGGCCGGAUAGACUAGUUAAAGUGUAUUUGAAAGAUAACCUCUACUGUAGUGAACUUUAUUUGUAUUUUGAAACUUUCGUCUUGCAAUAUUAGGUUAUUCAUUUGAAUAUUUUAAUUAAGGUCUACAUGGAUUGUUUACUUUUACCUGUAAAAUUUGUAAAUAUAAUGUUUUAAUGAAUGUACAUGUAUCUUUGCAUUAAGUUUGAGUUACUCAAUGUUAUGGAGGUCGUUUAAACAAAAGUUGAAGUUGUUUACAAUCUCUCGGCUGCAAGAGAACCUCCUGGUUCACGACACUUGACACUCAAAGACACAAAAAUAAAAAAGUGACAAGUUAAAAGUGACCCUGUCAACUCUAUUUAAACCCGUGCUUGGUCCCAUGUACUCUAUGUAAACCAGUGCGUGGCCCCAUGUAAACUCUAUGUAAACCCGUGCUGGUCCUAUGUACUCUAUGUAAACCAGUGCUUGGUCCCAUGCAAACUCUAUGUAAACCCAUGGUUGGGGCCCAAUGCAGCAACACCUACUUUGUGGGUUAUGAUAAUUUAUAACGAUGCCUUGUAUUUCUACAGCUGUUUCUCAUGAUAAACAAUAAACUAUAAUUUGUCAUACAAA